ACCUCGUUAACGUGACAGCCUGCGGUCAGCCUGCACAGAGCGUAAAAGUUGAUGCUCUCAAAUUAAACGACGCAUGAAAGGGGGAACAAACCGGGCUCUAUAGGAGGACUGCAAUGUGAUGGACUGAGCAGAAGGAUACAGAAAGAAAGUCUUUACAGAUAUUUGAGUCGGAUAAAUAAAUGAUGGGCGAACACAAAUUCGGAUUUCGACCAAGACGAGUUAAUCUAGAAGUUAAUUAUUAGCUGGAAAAGAACAGAAGCACCAACAGGGCUGAUUUAAAGGCAGAAACCUUUCUGUGAACCUUCACAUUUCAACUCCCAGAGCGAAACAAAUGCGGACAGAAAGAUGUAUCUGGGCAAGGCUCUACUGUUCGUCCUCCUCCUCAACUGCGCGACUCUGAGCUCGCCGCUGUCCACUUGCGCCACCGUUGACAUCGACCAUGUGAAGAGGAAGAGGGUCGAAGCGAUACGCGGUCAGAUCCUGAGCAAACUCCGGCUGACGAGCCCCCCGCACUCCCUUGGGCCGAGCAAGGUACCCUAUCAGAUCCAGGCGUUAUAUAACAGCACGAAGGAGCUUCUGGAGCAGCUGAGCAGGGAUCGGAAGCAGAGCUGCGGCCAGGACAACACAGAGACGGAGUACAUCGCCAAAGAGAUAUUCAAAUUCAACAUGGUGAACGGAACGCAAGACAACAAUGAUCUGCUCUAUUGCCCCAAAGGCAUGACUUCUAAAGUUUUCCGCUUCGAUGUCUCUACCAUGGAAAGGAACUCAACCAACCUCUUCAGAGCAGAGUUUCGAACCUUGAGGGUACCAAACCCCAGCGCCAAGAGGAACGAACAGCGGAUUGAGCUCUACCAGAUCAUGAGACUAAAUGAGCACAUUAGGAAGCAACGUUUCAUUGCAGCUAAAAAUGUGCAAACCAAAGGCUCCCCUGAGUGGAUCACCUUCGAUGUGACUGAAACUGUGCGGGAGUGGCUUAUAAACAGAGGAUCUAAUCUUGGUUUAGAAAUCAGUGUGCAUUGUCCCUGCCAUACCUUCAGUUCGAACGGUGACAUCAUUGACAACGAAAACGAAAUCCUGGAAGUGAAAUUUAGAGGUGUUGCUGGAGAUGAGGAGCAGAGUCGCUUGGAUCUGGAUAACCUGAAGAAAAAUAAGGAACAACACCUUCCCCACCUCAUCCUUAUGAUGAUCCCACCCCACCGCCUGGAUACUCACUCCACUCGUCGAAGCAAAAGAGCGCUGGACACAAACUACUGCUUCUCAACCACGGAGGAAAGUUGUUGCGUUCGUCGGCUCCACAUAGAUUUUCGGCGUGAUUUGGACUGGAAGUGGAUCCAUGAGCCCAGUGGCUAUGAUGCCAACUACUGCUCCGGGCCCUGCCCUUACCUGAGGAGCUCAGACACAACACAUAGCUCGCUGCUGAGCCUAUACAACACUCUGAAUCCAGAGGCCUCCGCCGCCCCCUGCUGCGUUCCUCAGGACCUGGAGCCCCUCACUAUACUCUACUACUAUGGAGGGACCGCUAAGGUGGAGCAGCUCUCCAACAUGAUCGUCAAGUCUUGCAAAUGCAGCUGAGAGGACAUGAAAGCCUGAUUGAGGGGAAAGAUUUCACUAGGUACAGACCAAAACCUUGUAGACCUCGAGCUGUGAUGAAUACAUAAACUGGCCCUGUGGCCUGUGACUUGGCUCUGAACUAAAACUGGUAUUUUUUUUUUUGUUACUUGUUACUUUUGCUGUUACAAAGUCACUCCUGAGGGGCAAGUUAAUUUUAAACCCUACUCCAAACUUAACCCCAGCUGAAUAAAACUUAAUUCAUGGUUUAUUUUCGGCUUCUGAUCUCAAUCAGAAAGUCCACAAAGUUACAAUCUCUACAUUGUCAGUAGUGCAGCUUUUUCAUUUCUGUCCUAAAUAUUAAAUCUGCUCCCCUGAAUGGUCGGAUUUCUUUCUGGCUGGUGAUUUUGUUUAAACUUUUCUUCAGUUCCCUUUUCUGUAGACAGUGGGCAUUAUCUUCAAACACAAAAGGAGAAAGGACAGACUUGCUGCUGUAUCCAAAGUCAUAGCUGUGGUCUGGGGAAAGGAGAGCUGAAUGAGAAUGCCUGUUGGAUUUGCAAUGGAAAUGCAAUGAACAAAGAAAUUGAGCCAAGCUUUUCUCUUUUGGCCAGCCAGCAGCGGUGGCCCUUUUAUUUUCUGUGCAUCUAUUAGAGCGGAUGGACAGGAAAGAAGAAAAGGGAACCUGAAUUGCAGGGAGGGAUUUGGUUGGAAGCCAGCAACGAGUGCGCUGCCAUUCAGUGGAUGUUUUCGUUCCUAACAGGUUCAAAUUAUUAUUUUUUUCUCCUCGAACAUCAAAGAAUUUACUGGAAGAGAGCAAGUGUUAUGCAACAAGUUUUUAUGAGAUUUCUUUUACAUUAAUAGCAGAUUUUGUCUGUUAUGUAACUUGUCAUAUAGUGAUUGUUUCACUAACAGAAGAGAAUUGAUGCAUAUCGCCAUUAUCCACAAUGAAAGCUAUUUUACUAUACCUAGUGUGAUGUUACAUUGUAAUUUAAAAAUAUUGUGCAACCUUUGUAUCUUUAUUGGACUAGUUUAACCUGUUGUUUGUGAUCCAGUACGUUUCUGCCUGUUGUUGAAAGCUGGGAGUCCAAAGAAAGUAAAAUCCCAUCAUUUUGUAGCAAUACGAGAAAAUGUAAGUGUGCAGCUCAGUAAGUUCAAGGUGUAGAAAUAAAAAUAAACGUAAAUCUGUCCAAAGUUUAACUUUCUGGAGUUUCUUUGGACAAUUGUAUUGGAAUCCAUUUGAAGCAUAUGUAUUGAGCUUUCUAAACAGUAACACAGAAAUAAAUACAGUAAUCAAUAUCCUCACUAAUAUUAAAUGUAAAGUCAUCAAAUCUACAUCAUGCGUUUAUGUAUCUGUCUCCUUUUAAUGUUAUUCUAAAAGUUAAUUAAGAAACAUUGAUGCACCAAUCAGCGUUUUGAGGACACUCGGAUUUCAGAUUUUUGCCGAUUCUGAUUUAUCUUUAGGAACUGAAACUAACAGCAUUUAAAACAUCUCUGAAAGAACUGAACAUUUUUACUGUCCUUUCAAUAAAAUUAAAUACAUAAAUAAAAAUAAAAAAGAGCUGUCUCUAGCUGCACCUUAAAACCUACUAAUACACUAAAACCUUUACGAUAAGUAGGUGUCUAUCAAAAACAUAAAACUAAAAAUGAUGCACUAUAUCUCCUUCAUAAGAGUGAUUACAGCUUCUUAAUGUUUUCUUACACCCUUCAAAACCUACAAGUGCGGCAUAUUAUAAGAAAUGUGUUUAUUGUAAUUGUACCUUAUAAUGAAACAGCUAUCUAAAUAACUGAGAAGAAAAAGCUUUGAUAUUCUGUUAUUUCAUUAAAAAUGCAGCUAUUUCAGCAGCAGCCAAAUUCACCAAUUUUUCUCUGCUUUAUUAAAUCUGUGUACUUUCACAGAAUUGUUUUUUGGUUACUUUGUCGAUGGUCUCUAAGCUGUUGUCUUACAUUCAGCUAUACAUAAAUGCAAAUGUCAUUUCCAGCUCAGAUUAUUAGUUUUUUGAAAGGCGAAAGCAUAGGUUUUACUUGUCUGCCCUAAAUGGGGGAUGAAAUUUGGAAUUUAUUAAUGAUUUGUUUGAAAAUUUAAAAUCCUUGGAUCAAUAAGUCCUCCAACAUUAUGGUCUUUAACUAGAUCUCUGUUCCUAAACAAAAGAAGCACAUUUCAAAUGAAUGUGUCUCAUUCAAUUUUUUAUUUCUGCAGCUGGCACUUGCUGAGCUCUGUAGUGUGUAAUUUGAAGCCUUGCUGCCUUCAGUUUUUCUUCCUUUUGUUCUUUUCUAUUGAUUGUUCAGAAAAACUCACCUGUCACAUUUCAUUGUUACCAAAACACUGCAGUCUCUGUUUGUUUAAAUGCAGUGCGAAGACUUGAUGGAGGAAUAUGGCACAGGAAGGGAAAAAGUCACAAUCUGAUCGUAGCUACAUGUAAAGUUAGACCUCAUUUUCUUCUGAGUGUCAGGAGAACGUGUCUGAAUACCUGUACUGUUUGACGUAUUCCCCGUCAGAGUCAUCUAUCCUUUAAGAUUAUGUUUUUGGCAGUAAUACUGUUUGAUGAAGUCUCUUAUUAAAAAUACAACAUGCUAAACCA